AUGUCAGGUAACUAUGGUUUGUGGGACCAGCACGCUGCCGUUUCUUGGGUAAACAGGAACAUCCGUGCCUUCGGAGGGGACCCCAACAACCUCACCAUCUUCGGGGAGUCUGCCGGCGCUGUUAGCUCCAGCUUCCAGGUGGAUGUCUCAUCCCCCUUUCUGUCUCUUCAGGUUGCUGAGAAGGUGGGCUGCCCCAAGGAUGAUCAGAUGAUGGCCUGCCUGAGACUUGUUGACGCUAAUGUUCUCACUCUGGCCGGUACCACGGCCCUGGGUGGUUCUCCCUCCACCCCCAUGGCAGACAACCUGGUCCUCUCCCCUGUGAUCGAUGGGGACUUCCUGCCUGAUCACCCAGGCAACCUUUUCCACAAUGCCGCUGACAGCGACCACCUCGCUGGGGUCAACAGCAUGGAUGCCCACCCCUUCACUGGCCCGGACAUUAUUUACCUGGGAGGAAGAGGGCUGAUUGGUUACCUGGGAGGAAGAGGGCACUCUGUUCGGUGUUGGCCAUGGGCAUGGUGUAGCUUAAAUGGGACUGCAGAUUUUACAGAACCAACUGAGUCCAACAAAGACCCCAACAAUGGGGAGUCGAAGGUGCCUGUGACCUGGCCUGCAUACACCACCUCUGGGCAAAAGUACCUGGAGAUCAAUGCCCACAUGAACGAGAACUACGUCCAUGAGAAGAUGAGGGUGCGCUUUGUGAACUGGUGGUCUAACAUUUUUCCCAGCCUGCCCUCCGUCUGA